AUGUCUGUUACUGGCCCUACAACUAUUUCAUUGAUCGAAUCCGAGGAGCUGCCUUUGGUCAAAUUCAAGACGGCUCGGCUUCUUACUCAAACUAUUGAUGCGACAGAAGGAGAUGUGCUCUACGUGCAAGAUGUAACUCCACAAGUAUAUGAUAUUCUUGACAAGUAUAGAGAGUCAAAAGGACGGAAGUAUCGAUUUAGGCGAUUUUACCCAGAACAGUCCCUGCUCAUUAUCAUCAUUCCAACCGAGUGUCUUGAAUAUAUGCACAGAGAACUGAACUAUCAGAUAAGGCGACGAAUCGAUGAUAUGGGGCUUGGAUGGCUUCCAUGCGGUGGUGCAACAUACAAGCGGCAACCUGGCGGAGCAGCUGGGGAGGGCGAUUCGAGUGGACGCCCGUGUGAGCCACAGGAUCGAGCCUGGCCCACGCUUGUCAUUGAAGCUGGAUACUCGCAGUCACUUGAAGCCUUGAGGCGAGAGCUGAAGUGGUGGUUCAGCGAGUCAAAUCACAAGGUCAAAGUAGUCCUUCUUGUCAAGAUACACCCUCCGUCACGGCAAGAGAUAACUAUCGAAAUGUGGCGAGAACGUCUACCUGAGCGACGUUCCGGCCCAAUGACUCUUCGGGCUUUAGCGGACAACUCUGGUCUAUCGCCGCAUCUUCAACAAACAAUUAACAUCACAAGGGUCUCGGAUGCAGAUCCGCUCCUUGCUGAAUCCUAUCGUGUCACCGGGGGUGCACUGCGCCUGGAAUUUGCUGAUCUAUUUGAUCGCCAGCCACGGGAAGGGGAAGGGGAAGGGGAAGGGGAAGGAGAUAUCAUCAUUCAGGUCGAGGGUUUGCGAAGUAUUGCUGCUAUUGUUGGGCAUGCCCGCCACUAUUAG